AUGAGUAAAACCACAACCCAGAACUUUGACUUAUCAGAGUUUGCUACUAAACACUAGAGGCAUUAUUCAGGCAAUAAGACAACUCUAAAGAGGAUAAUAAAGGAUAUGAACGGCCUUGCUAUUAAAAAAACAGAUAUUUCUAACAAUGAUCAAACAGCAAAAGAGAUUUAGAAUACAAUGAUUUAAACUUAGAGGAUAAAAGAUCAUCUAUCCAAUCGAUCAAAGCAGACAAGAUUGAAUCGCUCUAUAUCAAUGAAUAAUUUUUCUCACCGAGUCAGAUCAGAGUACAAGCAGCUUUAAGACUAUGAAGAGAAUACAAUUUAGACAACUAGUUUGAAGACUUUCAGACCAAAGAAAGAGGAUUUCACUAUGAUAGAACAAAGAGGUAUACUCUAGGAUAUCAAGGGAUACAAUCACAUCCAUCAAAUAAUCAUUACCGUGAAUUACGAAUUUAUCAAUGAAAUCGUGAACGAUCAUGAACUAAACUUGAUUGACAUACAGAUAGAGCAAAGUAUUGAUAUAUUUUCAAAGAUAAGCUUCUUGGGUGAGCUCAUGUCUAAUAAAGACAAAUAAAUUGAAAUAAUGGUGUAAUAAUAUGCUUAAUUGAGACAAAACAUCAGAAAUAUCAUGAGAAUCAAAGGUGCCAAUGUCAAGAUAAUAGAAACUCUAGUUGAUAUCAACUCUAUCUUUAACAAUAUGAUGUUCUUCAUGGAUCGGAUAAUAACAACCAAAGAUUAGAGUAUCAAGCAUAAAUAAGAAGACGCUGAAGAUAGAGUCACAAGAAUGCAGCAGUACUUAGAAAAGAAGCUAUAAAAGCAAAGAACCAAGUUCGAAAAAUAUCAAGAGUCUUAGAUUGAGCAAUAAUAUGAAUAUAAGUAGCAGAUAAAAGAGCUUUAGAAUAAAAUUAAUGCUUUGGAGCUUGAGAUCGGAACUAGAAGCGAUGAGAUGAAAAAGUUCAAAUCAUUAAAGCUUGGCAAUGAAAUGUAAGACUUAGAGGAUCUGAGUAAUAACCUAGAUGUAUUCCUUGAUGCUUAACAGACUUCAAAAUAGCUAUUUGUAUAGGGUCUAGCGAAUCUAUCUAAACUUAUGGAUUUUAAAACACUUAAAUAGGAUAAAGAUGCAAGGAUAUAGAAUGCAUCGACUUAAACUGGGGAAAUUAACGAGUAAAAUAUGACUAUUAGUAUAAAACUAUAAAAUGAGUUAAGAUUUUUAAAGCCAUUGACAAAACAAAUAGAAGUUAAGUUGCUGCUUGAUACUUAUUCAAGCUUAAAUAAAACCUCAGAUAAACUUGAUAAAGAAAUUGAUUCCCAAGUUUUAUUCAUGAUGCAAUAAAAAUAUCUAAGUGAUGUAUAAUAAGGGCGAAGAAAAAGUAUAGUUAUUAUUUUUACCCCAAAAUUCAAUUCAUUAUUCUCGGUCUGCUCGACUAGAGCUAGACAUUUACUUACCAAUAUGAUAUUCAAGAAGCAAUCAGGUAUCUUAGCAGAGAAUGAGAUCUCUGAAAUACAGCUGUGGGAUUAUAAGGGAUACAAACGCAUCCUAUAAAAGGCAAAAGAUUAUCUGCAAGAUGCACUAUACCCAGAUAAGAAUGAUAUUAAUAUGGCAAUUGAAAACUCUUCAGAAGCCUAGCAGUUAUUUGGGUAGCCCAUUAGAAAGCAAAUCACAACAGUUAUACAUCUAGGGUAGCCUACUGCCCAGAGUAACGAAAUGGCGAAGAAACAAAAAUUAUAGAAGCAAAAAAUACAGAGCAUAAUCACCGCAUAACAGCUGUUUUAAGAGCUUGCAAAGCUUAUCAUAUCGGUGGUGGUUAAGGAUCAAGAGUUGAUAUUCUUUAAAAAGCUAAAGUAGGUGUUUGAAGAAAAUGAUUUAAAUAAGCAGGGCUACAUUUACGUAGAAUAGAUAGGUGAUAUUCUGAAAAGGUUGAUGGGAGAGCUACUGUCCCCCUUUUUGUUAACUAUAUUAACAUAGUAUGUAAUCCAGAAUAUCCAAGAUAUUGAGAUAUAGCUGAGUUCAAUUGAUGCUUUGUUCAGAAAUAAUCUGGGAAAUAAGGUUACAUUUAGUCAGGAUUUGCUAUUGCGAAUUAUGUUCUGCAGAAUAUAGUCUCUCAUUAAGAAUGAGACUUUGAUAAUAUUUGAUAAGCUUGACUAGAUCUAUGGCGAUUCAGAAAUGGAUAAGAUGAAGUCAUAAACUAUUAAUUUCAACAGCUUUAAAGAAGUUUAUUCUAAAUUGAUUUCUUAGCUGCAUCAUGCCUAAGCUAGUCAAAAUAUUAGCAUUAUGAAAGUUGAGGAUGAGAUGUAGUUAAUUGAGAUUUUCUAAGAAAUUAAUGUGGUUAAAGAUAAAUUGUUGUUUGUUCAAUCAAAGAGAGAAUUUGUGUCUGCAGUAUCAUAGAUAAUUUCUAAGUUCCAUCCAUUGAUUAACAAUAAUGCCAAUAUAUCAAAGCAGCACCACACUCAUUCAAACCCCGCUCAAACAUAGUCAAAAUAUUUGGAUGCUUAGAUGAAAGCUAUUAAGUCAAAUUAAGUUCCCACUAAACAGGGGUCUAGUAUGUCAGGAAUCAUUGGUAGUUUGAAUAUAUCGAGCAAAGCUUCCAUCAAGAAUCACUCAGCCUCCUAGCCAAUGACUGAUAAUCUCUCCCGAAGACAAAGCAAUCUCAAAGCGUAAAUCAACUAGAGCGACAAUUACUAUCAGAUAAGGCAGCAUUCAAUGAGUGGUCAUGAAAUCGAAUAAGUCAAUCCAGGGGCCACUCAGAAAUAUUCACCACAUUUUAACAAAAACAACUCUAAAAUGAAGGUUAAGCAAAGACUUGAAUAGAUAAUGCAGCAAAAUCAAUCGAUGUAGUUGAAUCAAAGUGUUAUAGAGAACUCAAAUUUCGAUUCCAACUAUCACUCUGUCCCAGAUAAGAAAUUCUACAGAUUUCCAAAGAUUGAGAAGGACUAAUAGAAGGGCACAAAUAGAAAAGCGAAUAUGAAUCAAAGUGCAGAUAUGAAGUCUCAAAUUCAACAGCAGUAGUAGUAAAUUAAUUCUAAAAGUUAUGACAACCGGUACAAAUAAUCCAAGUCAGCUCUAGGUUAGUAUGAAAAAUUUACUAGCAAAGGCAUUGCUUUUUUGUCUCCUUUCAAUCAAAAGCAGGGUUAAAACGAUACUCGAAACGUAGUAGAGCAGAGAAAUAGUUAAAAUGUAAGGGGAUCAGUGGAAAAGCAAAUCAAUUAUGAAAUCCCGAAUCUUAAGUUUGGUGAUAAGAACUUUACUUUCGAUAAAGAUGCCGAGGUUUUUUACAGUAUCAAUUAGACUCAUAACUAAGAUUUCAUAAAUGCUAAUCUAAAGAUCAUUCCUAAUAUGAUUGUCAUGGACCCCGAUAGACCUUUGAACUUCAUAAAAAAGAAGAAACAUAAAUCAUCUAAGUAAAACUAACUUAAGAGUAUGAUGGAUUAGUCUUAAUCUCCUAUUGCAUUGACUAAGUUAUAAUAGUCAACUUUUUUAAACACUGAUCAUAAUAGCGUCCACGAAUAGAAUGACUAGACACAUAGUGAGAUGCCAUCUACAUAGCUCUUAUCCAAUAAGCAUAAGAAUGAAUUGAGCUAAAAUCUAUAGAGAUAAAUUCUAUAAGAUUUGACAGCUGUUCCCAGUUAAACAUAAAUGGGCUACGGUAGUACUAUUAACUACAGUACUAAUUUAAAUUAAUAGUAAACCUAGCAACAAGGAUUUCAGGUUUUUUUACAUAAGCGAGAUUUUAUUAAGAUUUAAGAAUUUUUAGACGAAUCUGAGAUGGAACUUAAAAAUAGAAAGCCAAGUUAAGAUUUCCAAAGUCAUGUGUGGUCCAUUCAAAAUAGUCUUAAAAUUUACACCGAUGCGAUUGAAAUUCUAUUAAGCAAAGUGUCUAACAAGUAUUAUCAAAAAGAAAAGGAACUCAUAGAUAGAAUAAAAUAAGGUUUUGAAAACUCUUUCAGAAAUAUGUAAAAGCUUUUCCAAACUUAGAUGAAACUCAAUAAUUCAACCAUUGAUGAACUCAAUACAUAAAUCCAGUCCUUGACUAGUAACUUUGAGAAAUACAGAGAAACUCAGUCAAUUGAAGCCUAUUUUUUAAAGACAAUGGAAAAUGGAGAUCCUAAUGACUAAAGGAAAAAAUUUGUUUAAUAAAUAGAUGAUUUCUUAAGAUAAGAUCCCCUUUCAAAAGAAUGGGACGAGGAUUAAACUGAGAGAGAUAUCGCUUUUGAUAGAAGCAGAUUUAGUGGAGUUAGUUAGGCGCUCUAAAAAAUUAAAAAGUCAAUGAAAGGUCACAAGGAUGCUGCAAAGUUCUUGGAAUUUAUGGGUUUGAAUGAAGAUGAUGACGAUGAGAAUAAUUUGGAAGAAAGAGAAAAAGUUGUUUCUGAAAUAGAAUCUUCGAUCAACAAUCAGAUCAAGAAUGUCUAGAAUACAACAGCCAAAAAGAUACUUGCUAGAUUUUUGAAGCAAACCUAGACAUAGCAUGCUGGAUGUUAAGCGUGGACUAUGGAGGAGUUAAAUUACAAUUAAACUCAUGAACUAGAGGAACUCACUAUAAAAUACGAUAACUUAAGACAUGAGAGAAUUUAGCUAGUGAUUUAAGUAGAUUAAUUGCAAGAUCAAAUCAACAAUAUAACAGAUUAAAAGAAAUUGAUGGAGAAAUAGCUGAGAUAAUAAUACGAUGUGAUGUAUGUAGAGAACUCAGCAAUCAAAGGAGAAAAAUAGAAAUUUUUAGACGAGAUAGAAGGACAGAAAAAGGAAAUAAUGAUCUUUAAAAAGAAGAUAGAUGAACUUGAGAAAGAGGUUCGAGAAAAAGAAGAACUGGAAAGUAGAUUAAAUUCUAUAAGAAAUAAAUAUGAAGAGUAUGAUAGGGUGCAUAAUGACAGUGAAAGAGAAUAUAAAUUGGAUAAAACAGGCUCAAUGAAGCAUGCUGAUGAUUAGGAUCUACCUUCAUUGGGCAAUAAUAGCAAGAGUAUGUCCAUUAAGAGCAGAUUUAUUGGUGUCAUGCAAGUCAAUCAAAAGAAAUAAACAAGUGUAAAUGAGUCCAGAGGACCUCUAUCCAAAGCUGAUCAGUAAUCCAUCGAGCCAUCCUCCCGUAAAAACUAGUUCUCUGAACUAGAUAGAAGCAAAAUUGGCUAAGCUAUGAAUCGAUAAUUGAGUUAAUACAGCAAUAGCUAACUGUAAAGUCUAAGAGAUAACGUUGGUACUCUUGGUGAAAAUAAAAAAUCUCCAAGAUAAUCUGACUAGGACAAUUCAGCUGGCUUUUCUGGAUUGCAAGAUUUUAAGAGUCAACUAAACAAAGAUAUUUCAGAAAUACAAAGGCAGGAUAGUUAGUUCAAGCAUUUAAAGUAAAAUUCAGCUGGAGUCAAUUACCUUAAUAAUGGCUAUCUUACUAGCAAAAAUCAGACCAAUGCCCCUGAUGCUCAAUCUAGUCUCCCUAUUAGCAUGCAAAGUUCCCCUAGAGAUAUGAAGAUAACCGUUUAGUAGCAAAAUUAGAAAGUCAAUCAAAAUGAUGUAAUAGCUUAGAAAAACCAAUCUAAGUUUGCUCCUCAUAUAAACUUAACUAAUCAAAAGGUUAAUAAUAUAAACUUGGACAGCAAUGCACCUUAAACAACAAAUUAAGCUAAUACUGAAUCAUAAUAAAAUCUCAAAAAUCUCAAAUCUCCAGCUAAGAAUUAAAAUAACCAAUAAAGUAUGUAUAAAGAUCCUUAGAGUAAGUCUAGAGAGGUAAUCAAAAACAUUUCCAGUGAUAAAGAUAUUAAAUUAAGCUCUAAGAAGGAGAUAAAAAGCAACUACUCGCAUUAGUAGCAGGAAAAUCAAGAGAUCAAGAUGAAAAAUCAAGAAAAUUCAAAUCCUUAUUUGGACCUCUAAAAUAAUAUUGGCUAGUAGUAGAAUUUAUUGAACCCAAAGAAUAUUGUUCCUGGUGGAUUGAAGUAAAUGGACAGAAACCUUAAAAUGAUGUAAAAGCUAUAGAAUAAUUCAUAGUAAAGACAUUAAUAAAAUGAUUAGAAGAGGACAGCUCACUUUUAAGAGUAUACCUCUACAUUGGAAAUUGAUGAUGGCAGAAAUGCAAAUUACAAUGGAUACUAGAAUGAUUAAGAAUCUUCAAUAACAACUGACAUGGAGGCCAAAUAUAUGAAUAACCUUAAUGAUGGUAAGAGUAACAACUCAUUGAUGAAAUAUUUUAACUUGAAAGAUUAAAAUGGCCAAACUAUUUAGUAUCCAAAUUAAUAAUACCCUUCAAUAAAGAGUCAAAUUUCAGUAAGUCAUAAGAAACUAGUAUCAACAACAAGCUUAGGAUUAUAGACAGAAAAUGAGACUUUUAUGUCUUAGAUCAUAGAAAUGGUUAAGCAGUAGAUCAUUUAGCAAUUGGAAUAGGAGAAGUAUAAAUAUACUGAUAAAGAGUAUGAAAUAUUAGUUAAAAAGGCUGUUGAACUAGUCCAAAAGAUUAAGUCGAAAAUGGGUACAGGAGGUGAUGUUUUCUUUAGAGCAGGUUAGUUUCUAGCCUAGAGUUCUAAACCUAUAACAUCUGAGUUAGAUAACGCCAAUAAAUCAUUACUUUAUGACGACAAGACAAGCUCCUUAUCACCCGAAAGAUGGAGAGUAGAGGAGCAUUUCAAGGUAAAAUUACAAAAAAGAGCUGGUGGAGCUGGAGAUUUCUCAAAGUACGGGGAUAAAAAGAGUUUAAAGGAGCCCAACUAGGUUCUUUACUCGACUUAACUUUAGAGAUAAUUUUGA